AUGGACCCAGUCAAGUACAUAUUUGAAAAGCCCGCUCUCACCGAACAGAUCGCUCGGUGGCAGGUUCUGCUAUCAGAAUUCGACAUUGUUUAUGUCACUCAAAAGGCGAUAAAAGGAAGUGCCUUGGCAGAUUACCUGGCUCAGCAACCCAUCAAUGACUACCAACCUAUGCACCUAGAAUUCCCAGAUGAGGACAUCAUGGCCUUGUUCGAAGAGGAGGUGGAAGAUGAGGAUAGGGACAAAUGGAUAGUGUGGUUCGAUGGCACGUCCAACGCACUAGGCCAUGGAGUUGGGGUGGUUUUGCUUACUCCCAACGAUCAAUGCAUACCCUUCACGGCAAGAUUGGGCUUUGACUGCACGAACAACAUGGCCAAGUAUGAGGCAUCUGCCCUUGGGAUCCAAGUAGCAAUUGACUUCAAGGUCAAAUUGCUCAAAGUAUAUGGAGACUUAGCCUUGGUGAUCCACCAAGUGAGAGGAGAAUGGGAGACUAGGGAUCAUAAGUUGAUACCCUACCGGGUUUACAUCAAGAAACUGACAGAGUUCUUCGAUGACAUAUCCUUCCGCCAUAUUCCCAGAGAGGAGAAUCAAAUGGCCGAUGUGCUUGCCACUCUAGCAUCUAUGUUCUAG